AUGUCUUCUGCACAGAUCUAUCAGGUACCAGUUGUGUCCAAUGGUCUCAGAGAGCCAGAGUCAAUACUACAAAUCGUUGAUGCUCUUGACAAGUUGGAUAAAGUCUUUAACGAAGUCUAUACAUCGAUCAGUUCUCGUGUAUCGAAAGAAAAGUCAAGAAUAGACAGUGUUACCAAUAGACUUAAUAAUGCACAAUUCAAAGUCAACCAGAUAGUUGGAAGCAGGAAUGCCAUCACUGUGUUCAGCAGCGCAAAGUAUCCUGCCAACAAAGAAUGGAUAGAUUACAGUCCACUAUACUCUGAUAAAGCCCGUGCUCCAUUCAAACCAUCGCACUACCAUCUCCAUGAUGUCACUGCAAAACCACAAGAUACAUAUCUAGAGGUCAACGAUUUGGUAUUUAUCGAGAAGAGCAUUGAUGCAGCAUCAAAGGAGAUCUCUAUAAAGGAGGGUUUGGGUUUACUGCCACAUCACAUCCCAAGUGUCUCCAACUUGUUGUUGUUCAACACUCAAGAGAAUCCAUACAAGAGAUACUCCAAUACGCUGGACAAUCUCUCUGGCACCGAAAGUGAUAAGCCUCAAGUUCUUGGCGAUAAGAAGAAGAAGAUUGGUGCUGCUCCAGUCACCGUUGAGAAGGGUGACACUCUGGUUCAAGCCAAUGGUCCAGGAGAUGGCUAUCAUCCAACGAUCAACCCUGUCGAGUUACCAAACAAUUCCUUCCCAUUGGAUCUACCAUUGCCCAACGUUGCAGAGAAUAUCGGUUGGGCAGCCGAGCAACAAAUUGGUAUCGCACCCUCAAACCAGGUCAGCGCCAGUCUGCCAAUAUUCGAUAGCGCUGCCGGAGGUGAAGCAAUGGCAGGCCCUGCAACCUCUGUACAACCACCAAGCAAUUCUGGUGCUCCUCCUCCUCCACCUCCAUCGGGUGCUCCUCCUCCACCUCCUCCUCCACCUCCACCUCCCUCAUCUGCUCCUCCACCCCCACCACCUCCUCCUCCUCCUAGCUCACGUCCUCCUCCCCCUCCAACGUCAGCACCUGAAAUGGACGACAGUGAUCAUGACCAGAAGGGAUCGGACGGCUCAGCCAUUGGCAACCUCUUGGCUGACAUUCGUAAUGGUCACAAGAACCGUUUGAAGAAGGUUGUGACCAAGGGAGACAACUCUGACGAUGAGGACGAUGCACCACCACCCAAGAAGAGUGGAGGAGGAGAUGUUAUGUCUGACCUCUUCCUUGCUCUGUCAAGAAGAAGACAGAGUAUCGCCUCUGAAAAGAAGAAGGCACCAGCUGGAAAGAAGCAAGAGUACUCUGAUGACGAGUCGGAUUCCGAAUCAUCAGAAUGGGAGUAA